AUGCUCAGAUUCCCCGAGAACCGCGAUGACUGGAGUCUGGAUAUUGUUAGUUUGCUCGCCGUCAUUGGCGAGAGUGCCAUGUCGGCGCACUCCCAACCGCUAACAGCUUCAAUUCUGUGUCUGCUUCCUCGUAUCCUGCCUGCUCCGCAGGCGCUUCUCAGACACGAGCGGCCAACACGUCUGCCUUCCAUUCCGGCACACAUCGUGAGCAUUCACUCCGGCACCCUGCUCCUGGAGCUCAACCAUUUUGCAAACCUCGUCUACAACAUCGAUCUUCCUAGCUUUGCCGUUCGAGAGAUCCGGAUCAAACAUAGAGAAGGCUACGCAGACACCCUCAGUGAUGAAAAGAAACUUAGAAAUCGUAUUCUUCGAACGCCAAAGGGUGUCAUUCAUGCUCAGCCCUUUUCGCCCUUAGCUCUUCUCUCAGUUGCUUCAUUCCUUCUGUCGGUUGGCCUGUGCGCAUGGGCUAUUAUCCUCGAAGAUGGUGUAGCGGUCAUUGCGAUCGUGGUUGUGUCAUUCACAUCUAGUAUCAUUGGAUUAUCUUCCAUGUGGCAUCCAAACUUGACGGUGCGGAAACGCAAAACAGUUGUGCCGGACGGUGACCUGAUUAUUCGGACGAGACAGGGCGCAUUUAUAAUCAUACGGUGUACGGAAGAGAUCGCCCGCGAACUCUACACGGGCACAGAAGAAUGUAGCUACGUCGUCAGUGACCAAAUAUUCCGCGCGUUGGUUGGGGUGGGCACAUUUCUGCUCAUGAGCGCGGUGAUCCUGAUGGGAAAUUCUACCUGGACCAUGCAGGCGGCACUCGGCGGUUCAUACGUUUUACUCAACGGCUGCUAUCAGAUCGCCGCGCUGUUCCCUAGAGGAUGGCAUUGGAACCUUAUACGUUAUGAAAUGAAGGAGAUACGAAACAUAGACGCGCAGACAUACACGCAGGCGCUGUGGAAAGCUAUUCAUGUUUCCAAGUUCACCGACUGGGUGCGGGUGAGCGGCGCAGCUCCUAACUCUGAAGCAUGGAGGGCGUGGAUUGACCUCGCUGGGGAUAAUCUGCAUGACGAAAAUUGGGAUGCACAGAAGGCAUUGGACGAGCUGCUGAAUGCUGAGAAGAGCGAGGCUGGAUUCCAGCCUGUUAAAAAUGGCGUCGUGAGGGAGGAAUCCUCCUCCUAA